AUGUCUACCAUAUGGCCUUUUUUCAACCAUUCCUUCUCCAAUGCCAAUAUCAACAAGAUAUUGACGGAAAUCGAACAAGAUGCUACAAAACGACUAGCUCAACAAACCCAAAAUCAAAAUGCCUCAAAGAAAAAUGGUGACCAGCAACCUUGCAAACAGGGGAAUGGCACCAUGACCACUACAUCCUCGGCCGUCCCCAUCACUCUCCCCACCUCCUUGCUCAACAACAACAACAACAACAACAACAACAAUAUCACCACCGCCUUGAAUGGCCAAUCGGUCGAUAUAAAUAAUAGCCCCAUUGAAAACAAUACUCCAACUGCUUCCCUCUCUCACCAUGUUGCUUAUUCUCCAAAUACAACCCAGUUCAACAUCACCGCCUCGCAGUUGUUACAUUCAAUCCAAAACAGCUCGCCGUCCCCAUCGCCUUCCCCACUGGCUAAUUUGACCUCAACAACUACUUCUACUUCAAAAUCACUGUUAGAUGACGAAUUGCCCAACCCUCUCCAUAGAACUAUAUCACAUAUUCCCUCCUCAACUCCUUCGUCAACUGAUAAGGUAAAGACAGGGGAAAAGUUGCCAUUUUCUCCAUCCUCUCAUGGUCCAAACUCCCCGCCUGCAUCAGCGUCUUGUUCGUCAUCGUCAUCGUCUUCGUCGUCAUCUUUUAUCUCAUCUUCAGCAACAACUAACCAAAUUCAAAAUUUGCAUUUCACAAAGAGUAAUAUAAACGUCUCAUUGUUUAACCAAUUACUAGAUCAGCCCAACUUGGUUGAAGAAAUAAAUGCAGCUAAAAACCAAAGAUUGAUAUCCUACAUCUCUCAAAAGGACGUUGUAAGUACAAUGUUUGAUUAUAUUUUGUUCUCAAUCAAAUUGUCCAAAUUUACCUCAAUUGAUGAGGUGCCAACUCCUUAUUUAUCCCACGAUAUAUUUGUAUCAACUGAAGACCCUGCAAAAUCAAUCAAUAAUUCAACAGAUGAUUUUAUGGACUCAACUUCCAAUAAUGAAACUGAUAACGAAAAUGAUACCAUGCAAAAUAAUAAACUAGAUGGAGAUGAAGAAAAUGAUCAUAAUAAGGAGGUUCGUAAGGAUGAAAAUAUGGGUAAUAAUCAUCAUAAUGUGGAUAUUCUUCAUGUAGCCUUACAAAGAGCCACUGUAAUCUCUGAGAUUAUGAUACUUCCCUCUUCCAAUAUCCAUCAGACUUUACUAAGCAACUUUGAUAUUUUCACUAAGUUAUGGAGGGGAUUUAUGAAUAAUGAGCCACAUUCCUAUUUCAAGGAAACCAAAUUGGUUCUUUCUAAAGAUAUAAACUCAGUGAAUGAGGAUGCAGAUAUCACUUUGAACGACGACGACGACGAUUCUGUAUUUAGUGAGAACAUUGAUGUCAAGGGGACCGAUGCACAAAAAUUGGCAGAAAUGGAAGAGUCGGAUAACUAUUCCAAAUUGAGAGACCCCCAUGAAGUUCUGAUGUUUAACAAUUUCCUGAAAUUUGUGGAUGAUAUGGCAUUGAUCAACAUGGGCUCGUUUAUGAAUUUCAUCAGGUUCGAACAAGAAUACUACAGUUUGACCGACCAGUUUAUAAGAUUCAUCCCAUAUUCGCAAACGGUUUGUGAUUUGUUGGUGAGACUGAUUUCGACUGAUAAGCGAUUUAAUUCGAAUGGAUUGAUUGAUAUUUUACUUGAUCAAAACCUGAUUAUUAAACUCAUUAGUACCUGUAAGAAAUAUUACCUUGACCAUCAAGUUCAAGACAAUGUUUGUAACAUCUUGAACGGUAUUGUUGGUAUCAGUUCCAAUAUUGGAUUUUGGGAAGAUAAUUCCGGGGUGAAUGGAGAUGAUCAACAAGAUUUGAACAGCAAUAAUCCAAAUAUAGGACCUAACGAUUUAACGAGGCAAUUGGUGUCUCCAGAAUGUGUCGACGAGAUGCUAGACAUUAUUAUCAAUUAUGGGAAUUAUGGAUUAGUGACUAUUGUAUCUGUGAUUAUUGAAGUCAUUAGGAAGAACAACUCUGAUUACGAUGAAUUCGAUUGGAUUUCUUCUGUCAAUUUUGACGAUGAAAAUAAAAGUUUACCAAAUCCAAGGGAUCCGAUAUAUCUUGGCAAUUUGAUGAAGCUUUUUUCCAUAAAUUUGGACAAAAUUGUCAAAACCUAUUUAACUGACGACUACUACAAAAGAAACGAAACAGCACUAAGACUAGAGAGCUCUAUUGGUCAAACCAUCGAGCCUCUUGGUUAUGAGAGAUUCAAAAUCAUGGAGCUAGUAGCCGAGUUACUACAUUGCUCAAAUAUGAUUUUGAUGAACAAGUCUGUCGAGUUGGAUAAAUUGAUCCAUAGGAGGGACAUGCUUAGGGGUGAUAAAAAGAAAGAACAACUAGUCAGUGAUGCUAUCAAUGAGUUAAUUAUUGACGAUAGUCAUAACGUGAAGAACAAUAGAGAUGCCACUAAUAAAGAAAGAGGCAACAACGAUAGUAUACCGGAGAGAGAAAACUCAAUUAUAAAUAGCCGCUAUUUUGAAACAGACUCAGGUUUGUCAAUUGGAAAUUUCUUCAAAUUCAAACUGUUACAAACCCAUGCUAUUCCUUUAAUAGCACUCAAACUAGUGAAAUUCCCUUGGAAUAAUUUCAUGCACAAUGUUGUAUUUGAUUUAAUUCAACAAAUUUUCAAUGGGAGACUUGCCAACUGGGAUGAAGACAGGGCUAUUAAUCAAGAGGAAACAAUCUACGAUGACAAUCUCAGUUUGAACAAGAUUUUGAUAUGGUCGUUAUUUGGAGAAUAUUCAAAUUAUUCCAAUCCUGAAGAUCCCGAUGAUUUAUUCUAUUAUAGAGAAUACCAGUGUUCCAACGCGGAUUAUCCUGGAUUUUUCAACUUGGCACUGUUCAUUGUAUACUGUUACCAUCUUUCUAAUAGAAUGUAUGAAAAGACAAACUUUAGGUUCGGAUAUAUGGGACACCUCACUUUGAUUGCUGAGGAAAUUCACAAAUUUCAGAGUUAUGUUGAAAACUUUGGGGUUACCAAGAACGAAAAUGCCUUUGGUUUGCGAAGAGAGGAGGAAGAUGAUAUCAGACCAUUUUAUCUUAAAAGUAGCUACUACAUUUUCAACGAAUUAUAUGAGAGCAUAUUUGAGAACAAGGGAGAUUUCAAGCCAUGGUUGGAGUUUGUCAAUGUUGAGCUACGUGAAAUUAGUUCAAUGUAUAACAAAGUUUUAGGAAACCCGAACGAGGUGAAUGAUGAAGCAGUUGACGAUGGGCAAUUGGGUUUAUCGUCGGAGCAAGUAAUAUCCAACAUGGAUAUUCAGGAACCUCCAAAGGCCGAAGGGGCCAUCAUUUUAGACAACGGUGAUAAUGAGGAGUUCCGAAAAGGCAGUGGUAAUUCUGUAAAGGAUAGUGAUGGUGUCGAAGGUGUGGAUGAAAACACAAACUAG